CACUCGGGGCUGUUGAUUUGAAAUUUUUGACCCAAACACGCCGUCCAAACUCUUUUUUGCUUCCCUCAACAUGGUCUUGCACAUCAAGGAGGUCAUGGAGCACUUCUGCAAAUAUCUGCACGAUGCGAUUGGAAUUAACUUGAAUCCCGAGUACUUUAAAAUGGCCAAGUACAAUCAAGAGUCCGACCAAGUUGCCAAUGAGUUCUGGACUACGCUGGAUAUACUCACGCACUACGUAUUGAAAGAGAUGAAUCAUGAAAUGAAUUUUGACAGCUACGACAAAUGCCUCAGAACUAAAUUGCGUUUGGCAUUUUUACAAUUCCCUCUGUUAGAAAUAUAUUAUCUCACAGAAACCAAUUCUAGUCAAAGAUGUAGAUAUUUAUUGCUCGCUUUGUCCUGGUUGAUCACUAAGUAUCGUGUAUUAGACUACAUAGUAAGAUUGAAAUUAUUAAAUAGCCCAUUAGGAAGAGAAUUUUCCAAGUAUCAUGUUGAUGCUAAUACUGGUAAUGAGCCAAAGUUCAAAACAACAAAAGACCAAUUAAACAAUUUACUACACAAGACUAAUAAACUAAGUGGUAAUUUAAAGGCUAUCCCUGAGCUUACUGCAGAAAAAAUAAAAUUAAUGACAAAAAUUCAUACUGCUAGUAUAACUACUAGUGGUCUGCCACAUUUAAGCACAGCUGAAAUGGCCAUGAUAAAGCGUAUGGCCACAAGUAAACAAAAAUCUUGCAACGAUUCUGAAAAAUUGUCAGAAAUGGAGAAAAUUGCGUCACUGUUGGAUACUCAUAUGAAGUGGCCAAAGAAAAAACCAAUUUUUUACGCUUGGUUGGAGUCUGUAAUGGAUGAAUAUGAAAAAGAAAAGGAUUUUGAAUGUGAUGAACAAGAUAAGGAUAAUUUGAUUAAAUUUAUUUAUUUAUUAAGACAUGUAAUAAAAAGAAAAUUAAAAUCUUUUAAACAUGAUCAUACUUCAAAGAUCGUUGUUAAAAUAGAGGAUUGUCCUUCAAAACUUUUAAGAGUUCAAAAGUGCCUGACAGAAGUUAACACAUGUUUAAAUGAAACUAUAAAUGAUUUUGAAUCAAUCAACAGUAACUUGCAAGAAAAAAGAGCCGUUUUGGAAAAUACAUUGAUGUGUGUCCUGAAUGGUAUAUCUGAUUGUGUCCAUAUUUGAAGAAUAUUACCAACUAUUCAUAUUGUGAUUAUACGUGUUUAUGAAACCAAAGAAGAGUAAAUAGUUAUAAUAGUGAUUAUAAAAAAUGUAUUGUGUUUAUGUUUUGAUCAUAAAUGUACUUGUUUUUGUUUUAAAUUGUAUUUAAGUAAAUGGAAUUUUGAUCAAUAAGAUUGAACAAAAUAACUUUUUCUGUUAUGCUGAGUGCUGUUCAGGUGUGAUUUUUUCGUUGAAUGAUUAAUCAAAGACUGAAUUAUGUUAUACGUAGUAUUUUCAAAUUAGCAAUCAUUUAAACAACUGUUACAUUAGAAAAUUAAGAUAAGAAUUACAUAAGUGUGAAUAGAAAAAAUAAAAUGUACUAAAAUCCUUAUAUACAGGAAUUGUCUCUUUAUUUGAUCACUGGUAUUAUGCCUACUGCAUAAAUUAAUAGUUCCUUUUAUUAAAUUGUUCUACUAAAAUACAUUGACUUCAUAGGCCUUAGCUGCUACAUCGAAUGUAUAAUUAUGUAUAUACAAAAUUGCCAAACUUGAAUGGCUUGUUUGAGAUGUCACUACUACUUGUAGAUACGUAAUAAAAUUUUGCAAACAUUACUGCUGAUUAUACGAAUAAAGUUAGUUGAUAGUUCAUGUCAAUACAUUUUUAACUAUUCGAAUCGAGAGUAAAAGUGUUUUCUCUCAACUAAAUUACAUGCUCGACCAGCGGAAAUUUGCGUUGAUCGAGCAACUCUCAUUCGCAAACAAUCCACAGCUAUACAGAUAUUAUCAGGAUUAUCACAGACUGUGUAUUUACAACUUAAUUUUUAGUCUCCUUCCUUCAUCUUAUAUUUUGUUAGAUUACACGUUAUUUCUUGAGAAAAAAUGUGAUGAUCUUGCGACUUGCAUGCGUGACUCAUAAGUAGGCAACGAGAUCGAAAAAAACUGUACGAAAAGUACCUCACAAACAUUGUUGCAUUCAUAGUUCAUUAAACCUUAAU